GUCCUCGCCUGUUUGUCUUUGGGGGUCUCGUGAAUGUCUUGUGCCUGGCUCCACACCUACAGAAGGAGCCUGCUGCCUGUCGCUACUAACACAUCUGCUGUGAGUGCCGCUAUCACUCCUUCUCCCGCUGCGCCGCCGCCGCCGCCAUCGCCGCCUUUUGAUCCUACUACUUAUACGAGACUCUUUUCCAGCUCACCACCAGCCCCUGCAGACCUUUCUUGUCAGCUGCGUGGCCAUCCCACCCCCACCGUUCUAGCCGGUCCGCGCAUUGGCGCCCUGCUCGGACACUUUCUUUGUUAUCAGCCGUCGGAACGCCAGGUACUACCGCUAGCAUCGCCCUCACGCGUUCGACGCCCGUCCGCUCCUUCAGUUCGCUCGUUACCCCUUCUACGAAACCCCGUGGCCUUCGCUCCCCGAUAUCCCCGAUGGAUUUGAACGGAGAUGCAGGCGCAAAGCGCAAGCGUAGCUCAGUCGCCACGCCCGCCGAGCGGCCCGCCAAACACCUCCGUCCUGAAUCAAACGCAUUGACGCCCGGCGACUCGACGCCUGUGCAUGGGACCGUAUAUGACGUGGAGGACAAUGAGGACGCAGGGCGGGUGAUGCCUGUUGGGCCCGCACAGGCGGAUUCGCCGGAAUGGCAGGCCACUAUCGAGGGGGUCGUGAAGAGUGUCGUGUCGAUCCACUUUUGUCAGACUUGCUCCUUCGAUACGGACUUGUCUAUGAGCAGUCAGGCUACCGGCUUUGUGGUGGAUGCGGAGAAGGGAUAUAUCUUGACGAACCGACACGUGGUCUGCCCGGGCCCGUUCUGGGGUUACUGUAUCUUUGAUAACCAUGAGGAAUGCGACGUCCAUCCGGUGUAUCGGGACCCUGUUCACGACUUUGGGAUUCUGAAAUUCGACCCCAAGGCCAUCCGCUAUAUGAAACUGAAGGAGCUGAAACUGCAACCGGAUGCAGCUAAGGUUGGAUCGGAAAUUCGCGUCGUGGGUAACGAUGCGGGAGAAAAACUGAGUAUCCUGUCUGGUGUCAUUAGUCGGCUGGAUAGAAAUGCACCCGAAUAUGGCGAAGGCUACAGUGAUUUUAAUACGAAUUACAUCCAGGCCGCCGCGGCAGCGAGUGGUGGCAGUUCCGGCAGUCCUGUAGUGAACAUUGAUGGUCAUGCGAUCGCUCUGCAGGCCGGUGGUCGUGCAGACGGCGCGGCGACCGAUUACUUCCUCCCGCUGGAUCGGCCACUGCGUGCUCUGGAUUGCAUUCGCCGCGGAGAGCCUGUCACGCGAGGCACGAUUCAGACGCAGUGGAUCCUGAAGCCGUUUGAUGAGUGCCGCCGUUUGGGGCUGACGCCUGAGUGGGAGGCGACCGUGCGCAAGGCAGCGCCUACCGAAACCAGCAUGCUGGUGGCAGAGAUCAUCCUGCCCGAAGGCCCAGCCGACGGAAAGCUCGAGGAGGGAGACGUGCUCCUGCAGGUCAACGGGGAGCUGCUCACCCAGUUCAUCCGGUUGGAUGACAUCCUGGACUCGAGUGUUGGGCAGACAGUGCGUCUGCUGGUGCAAAGAGGCGGUCAGGAUGUGGAGGUCGACUGUUCUGUUGGCGACCUGCAUGCCAUCACGCCCGACCGGUUCGUGACGGCGCGGCUGUAUGCCAUCGCCGUCCGCGGUGUCUAUGUCUGCGAGGCCGCGGGCUCCUUCAGGCUGGAGAACACUCUGUCGGGAUGGAUCAUCGACUCGGUGGACAAGCGGCCGACUCGCAAUCUGGAUGAGUUUGUGGAGGUGAUGAAGACGAUCCCUGAUGGCUCCCGAGUGGUCAUUUCGUAUCGACAUAUCCGCGAUCUCCACACCCGGGGCACCAGCAUCAUCUAUAUUGACAGGCACUGGCAUCCGAAGAUGCGACUGGCAGUGCGCAACGACAACACCGGCCUGUGGGAUUUCUCGGAUCUUGCGGACCCCCUCCCGGCCCUUCCUCCGGUGCCGCGGAAGGCUGACUUCAUCCAGCUUGAUGGUGUGAGCCAGCCCGCAGCAGCGGAGAUCGUUCGCAGCUUCGUACGAGUGUCCUGCUCGAGCCCUCUGAAGCUGGACGGCUACCCGGGGGUCAAGAAGACUGGGUUCGGAUUGGUUGUUGAUGCGGACAAGGGACUCGUGGUUGUGUCGCGAGCCAUCGUGCCGUACGACCUUUGUGACAUCAACGUCAUCGUGGCCGAUUCGAUCAUUGUGCUUGCGAAAGUCGUCUUCCUGCACCCGCUCCAGAACUACUGCAUUAUUCAGUACGACCCUAGCCUAGUACAGGCUCCGGUCCAGAGCGCCAAGCUUAGCACCGAGUACAUCAAACAGGGCCAGGACACCACCUUCGUGGGAUUCAAUCAAAACUUCCGCAUUGUCGUGGCCAAGACCGCAGUCACCGACAUCACCACGGUCUCGAUCCCAGCCAACGCCACGGCGCCGCGUUACCGCGCGAUCAAUCUGGACGCGGUCACUGUGGACACCGGUCUCAGCGGGCAGUGCUCCAAUGGAGUCUUGAUUGGCGACGACGGAGUGGUGCAGGCGUUGUGGUUGAACUAUCUUGGAGAGCGCCAGGCCAACUCGCAUAAGGAUGUGGAGUACCACCUCGGAUUUGCGACCCCAUCCUUGCUGCCCGCUUUGUCGAAGGUGCAGCAGGGGGAGAUGCCCGAGCUACGGAUCCUGAGCAUGGAGAGCUACGUGGUGCAGAUGAGCCAGGCUCGCAUCAUGGGCGUUUCGGAAGAAUGGAUCGAGAAGGUGACGCAGGCCAAUCCGGCACGGCACCAGCUCUUCAUGGUGCGCAAGGUCGACUGCCCGCGACCGGGGUUCAACUCGACCGUCGACAGCUUCGAGGAGGGUGAUAUCAUCCUGACAUUGGACGGACAACUGAUCACCCGCGUGUCGGAGCUGGAUAUUAUGUACGAGAAGGAAACGCUCGAAGCACUCGUCGUGCGGAAUGGACAGGAGAUGCGGAUCCAGGUGCCGACGAUGCCGACCAAGGAUCUGGAGACCGACCGGGCCAUCGUGUUCUGUGGUGCCGUGUUGCAGAAGCCGCACCAUGCGGUCCGCCAGCAGAUCUCCAAGCUGCACAGCGAGGUCUAUGUCUGCGCCAGAACCCGCGGAUCGCCCUCUUAUCAAUAUGGCCUGGCACCCACCAACUUCAUCACGGCCGUCAACGGUGUCCCCACCCCGGAUCUGGAUCGGUUCGUCGAGGAAGUGAGCAAAAUCCCUGACAACACGUACUUCCGACUCCGGGCGGUGACCUUCGACAAUGUGCCGUGGGUGGUGACGAUGAAGAAGAACGAUCAUUACUUCCCCAUGUCCGAGUACAUAAAGGAUGCGACUGCUGAACCUUGUGGAUGGCGAAACGUGUCCCACAAGGAUCGAUACAAGGAUGGCAUUGCGCCGGAUGCGAACCUGAACCCGGAUGCCAUGGAGCAGGGGUUUGAGGGGGCGAGCGAUUUCGACGACAUGGAGUAAGAGGGUUGGUCGGUGGCUGUAUACUAUCAGAUUAUGUGCUGGAUCUGACAUGAACAUGGACAUGGAUAGAAUUGUAUAGGAUAUCCAAAAAUCGAAAAGUCUGGAGAGUCAUGUAUGUUGGGUCUCCGAAG